AUGCCCGAGCACCUCGACCCAACCGCUCUCUUCGCCCACGACAAGGAAGAAAACGAUGACAUCCGAACCCUCAGUAGAUCUCCCCAUCCUUACCACCACCUCAAUACAGAGCUCCCCCACCCCGCUCAUCGCCUGACUUGCCACCCGUCUAAUGCGACACCGACGCCGCCGAGGACCUCGUCCACAGACUCGAGCCGAACACCGUCUCCUUUCCCCUCCUUCACAAAGGACUCGUCCCAGGGGAGCGAUAGCGGCACCGAAGCCGACGAUGAGCAUUUCCUUAAGGGGCUUCCUGCGCCCAAGGUGCGCUUGCACAAGGGGCUGAGGGGCCGUAAUGAACUCUUCUCGGGCGCAUCCACGCCCUUGUUCUCUCCAGACCAGGAAGAAUAUGCCCUCCAGCGACAGAAGGAAAAAGAGGACCGGAAAGAGGCUCGCAGGUUUCUUAACGAUCGCAAUUACCGGCGCAGCAAGGAGCUCAUUCGCCGCGUGUCCGAGUUCAUCAUUGUUGGCUCCCUCUUUGCCGUAGUUCGGUCGAAUCCAAAGGUGAAGCCCAUUUUCUCCGCCUGGACUCAAGAACUGCGCUUUCUGGCCACGCUGAUUACGUCGCUCAUGGCGCUCUACCCCCUUCGGCUGAUUGCAUGGUCGUUUCGGCAAAGGACUACAUCCAAAAAGUUGCCGGUUGCCGUGCCCGCCGUUUUCGAUCCCGCCCCUAUUUUGUAUCCGCCUUCCGUGACGAUGCUGGUGUCACUGUUAAUAUCCCCCGACAACUUGGCGGCCAUACCUUUAAACGUCGUUCUAAGCAUUUCUUCGAUACCGAAAUAUCUAAUUCCUACGGCGCGAGCCCACGAAGCAAUCAACCCCUUUCAAUGGGUUCUCUCCUGCGUACCAAUCUGGAUGUCACACCAGUGGACACUCACGUCGUACGCAAGGCCAGCCAUCUCCCCAGAGACGGCUGUUCUUCUCUACCCGCUGCACCAAACACUCCUCGCGGUGCUGCAUUACCUUACAACGACGAGCCUGCUUACAGCCGAGCUACAGCUACUAUCGAUCGCCUUGAUCAACGUAUUGCUUCUUGCACACUCACCCCAAGCCACCAUCCUCCAGGCACUCCUCUGGGGAGGCGGCGUGGGUGUCCUCGUCAUCUGCGGACCGGUGAUUUCAAGGGGGAUCGCCUUGGCUAGGGUUCCAAGGCUGCGCUUUAGCCGGGUUGCGACGCCUUCGAAGAAGACAUCCGUCUUUGGGUUCCUCUCCGAGGGCUUGUCUAUACGCCGCUUCAAGCAUGAGCUGCUGGGUUCGUCGCUGGAGGAAUCGGCCUCGGAGCUGGGCGACUCUGAGGACGAAAUAGUCAAUGGGCCAUUGGGAAGACAGAUGAGAGUGAGAACGUUGGGCACGGCCGACACGUCAUCUCAAGCAGACCGCAAGCCAAACGGCUUUUCGGACGGCAAGUCUCCAGAAUCACCAGAUGGCACCGCCGUUGGGCGGCGCAAUACCUUCCCACACGCCGUGCAACGGCCGCGGCCUCGAAGGUCCCUGACCCACACAUCGGCAGGCCGUAGGAAGCGUACCGCUUCGACAACUGUUCGCUCGUUUUUCAAACUGACGGAGGCACAAGCCACGAUGAGGAAGUGGAGCUACGCCACCUAUGUUUACGUUUGCAUCCUCGCCAUCAUCCUGGUGCCCGUGAGAGAGUACAUCGGCAGGUAUGCCCUGAAAGGUAGCGAGCCUGUCGGGUGGGCGCUGGGGUACCUCUUUGGCGAGCUGCCGUGGUUCCGAUUCAAAGUCGUGGAGGCAAAUCUUGAGAGAUGGAUUUGUUUACCCACGCGCCAAGACGAGGAUGCAAAGGGGGCUUGUCACUUAGGCUGGGUGCAGCGCAUCCGGCUUUCCGACUUUGGCGAGGCAAAUACGCGACUGCUGCUGAGUGCUUACUGGCUUGCCAUUGUUGUCGUUGGCUUGGCUGUGGUCAUCCGCUUAGACCCCAAGUACGAAGUAGACACGAGGCGAAAAGUAUUCCACUUCAUGAUGGUCGGCAUGUUCCUACCAGCAACGUAUGUUGACCCCGUUUUUGCGGCUCUGGCACUAUCCCUGGUCCUCUCGAUAUUCCUCAUUCUUGAUCUGCUGCGAGCGAGUCAGCUACCGCCUUUGUCAAGACCCAUUGCCUCUUUCCUCACACCUUACGUUGACGGAAGAGACCAUAAAGGCCCUGUCGUUAUUUCCCACAUAUUCCUGUUGAUCGGCUGCGCCAUCCCGCUGUGGCUGUCACUGGCGACCCUCCCGCGCACCGGCAGCGGCUACCUUACCGGCUGGGAGGUGCCAACGCGCGAAGUGAGCAUGGUGGCGGGCGUGGUCUGUGUCGGCUUGGGCGACGCAGCCGCCUCCCUCAUCGGCCGUCGUUACGGACACAGGAAGUGGGUAUGGGGUGGCGGCAAGAGCCUGGAGGGCAGCUUGGCCUUUGCCGCUGCUGUGUUUAUCGGUCUCAUGGCGGCGACAACAUGGCUGAGGGCCGGAGGCUGGCCCGUCGCUGAGGAGCAGCAGGUCGCUUGGCCGGCGGCUGCCCGCAACGCAGGCUUCUGCGCGAGCAUGGCGAGCUUGACAGAGGCCGUCUUGACCGGCGGAAACGAUAACGUUAUUGUGCCGGUGGUGCUCUGGACGUGUGUUAAAAGUGUCGGGAUGUAG